CUCAUUCAUGUCCAUCCAUACAGACUUCUCAACCUCCUCCAAUAAAGAUCAUUCCUCCUGGACCGGUCCCUCCGCCUCCCCAACCGAUUGUCCCACCUCCUGUCGCAGGGAGAAGAUGUAAAUGGAGUGACUAUGGUGAUGAGAAAUACGGCAAAUGUUCUGUUUCUUGUGGAGGCGGCACACUACCAGUGACACGUUACAGGUACAAGCUAUACGGAGAGACCGGGGAUCCAGAAUGCUACGGUUCGGACACUGAAGUUAAAACACAAUCAUGUAACACUCAGCCGUGUCCAAGGUGUAGAUGGAGUAACUAUGGCGCAGCAACAUUUGGGACAUGUUCUUCACCUUGUGGAGGUGGCGUAUUAACUGUUACACGUACUAGGACCAAGAUAUGGGGUCCAACGGGUGAUUCAAAUUGCUAUGGUUCGAACACUGAAGUGACAGUGACACGACGACCGUGCAAUAAUCAGCCUUGUCACCCCAUACGGAUCGUCCAACCUCACGUUCCACAGCCUAUCAUUCCGCGUCCUGGUGGGAUCAACGAUGUGGAGUUGCGAUGAGUCGACGAACACGCCGGUGCUAUUGUAAUGGGAUUGAAGUAGAUCCUGGACGGUGUACUGGUAUUGCAGUAGAACAAGCCUCGAGACCUUGCUGCGUCGACACUCCUAGACCCCAACCACCUCAACCAGGCUGUGGCAUAUGGGGAAAGUGGAUGGAUGUUCCUGGAAAAUGUAAUCCACCAGCAGAUUGUACACCACUUGUUCCAGUGGGUAAGAAACGAGAGACAUGUGUCAUCACGACAUACAAAUGCCAAGUAGUAAGGCAGUGUACACCAUGUCCAGGAAUACCAAAAGGUUGCAUAGGAGUCGCAUUCAAAACAGAAGAUCGCCAAUGUUGCAAAACAGGUCCAAAGCCAACAACAAAAAAACAGACAACCCCAAAGAAGACAACCCCAAAGGCGACAACAACAAAACCAGCGACAACAACUAAAAAAGUAGAACAGUGUCCAAAAUAUACCUGGGGACUGUGGGGGCCCUGUGAUCGUACGGAUUGUGCACCUUUUCUUGACUUCCCUGGUUUUCCACAGAAUAUAGAAGGCAACAAACGACAAGCGCCUUUUGGUUGUAAAAGCGUAGAGAUUACAACUUGUAAACGCAUUAGCACGGGCUGCACUAACUGUGGCGGCAAAAUUUGCUCUCUGGAUCCGCAAUUUGAAAUAAAAAAUUUGAAAUGCUGCCGUAAGAAAAAAACAUUAAAAAUUGAAAGAACACAUUUCCAAACGCCAAACCUGAAACAGUGAAAUACUAAACAAUUAUGAUCACCAUAUCUUAUCUAAAUUUGAUUACAUAAUAAAGACCAAUUGAUUGUUGCUGCAAAAAAA